UCGAAAGUCGAGCUGUCGAUCCCUAAUAACCUCUCAUUUCAUUUCGGUCUGCACGUGUGUUUGAUAGACAACGCACCAACAGACAAAAAAAUAAAAUAGGAAAAAGUUAAAAUAAAAAGUGAUAAUUUCUGUAAGAAAAAAACAAUGGCUGACGUAGAAAUCAAAAAAGAGAAGAAAAAGAAGAAGAUCAAGGAAGAACCAGUUGAUGUCGAUGAUAUUGGUACUUUACAGAAGUCUGGAAACUUCACAGUUAAGCCCUCAGAGAAAAAAGCCACCUUGGACACUUCACAAUGGCCAUUGCUGUUGAAAAACUUCGACAAACUGAAUGUGCGUACAAAUCAUUAUACUCCACUGCCAAGUGGCUCGUCACCGUUGAACCGUGAUAUCAAGGAAUACAUGAAAUCGGGUUUCAUUAAUUUGGACAAACCUUCCAAUCCCAGUUCCCACGAGGUUGUGGCAUGGAUUAAGAAAAUUUUGAAAGUCGAAAAGACUGGUCAUUCCGGUACUCUGGAUCCUAAAGUAACUGGUUGCUUGAUUGUUUGCAUUGAUCGUGCAACACGUUUGGUCAAAUCCCAGCAAAGUGCUGGUAAAGAAUACGUUGCUAUUUUCAAAUUGCACUCAAGUGUUGAAUCAGUGGCCAAAGUACGUCAGGGUUUGGAAAAAUUGCGAGGUGCCUUAUUCCAACGUCCUCCCCUAAUAUCGGCUGUAAAACGUCAAUUGCGUGUUCGUACUGUUUACGACAGCAAACUCUUAGACUACGAUGAAUCGCGUAACAUGGGUGUUUUUUGGGUUAGUUGUGAGGCUGGUUCUUAUAUCCGUACCAUGUGUGUACAUCUUGGUUUGGUGCUCGGCGUUGGUGGUCAAAUGUUGGAGUUGCGUCGUGUACGCUCUGGCAUUCAAUCGGAACGUGAUGGCAUGGUGACAAUGCACGAUGUUCUGGACGCCAUGUAUUUGUAUGAAAAUCACAAGGAUGAAUCUAUGUUGAGGCGUGUCAUUAAGCCAUUGGAAGGUCUUUUGGUCAAUCACAAACGAGUCAUUAUGAAGGACAGCUCGGUAAAUGCCAUUUGUUAUGGUGCCAAAAUCAUGUUGACUGGUGUCUUGCGUUAUGAAGAUGGUAUUGAAAUCGACCAAGAAAUUGUUAUUUGCACCACCAAAGGUGAAGCCAUCUGCUUGGCCAUUGCUCAAAUGACAACUGCCACCAUGGCUUCUUGUGAUCAUGGUGUUAUUGCCAAGAUUAAGCGCGUCAUUAUGGAAAGAGAUACAUAUCCACGCAAAUGGGGCUUGGGUCCUAAAGCAUCAGCUAAGAAGGCUUUAAUUGCAGCUGGCAAAUUAGAUAAAUAUGGUAGACCAAAUGAAAAUACUCCCAAGGAAUGGUUAACUGGUUUUGUUGAUUACAACUCAAAGAAACCAGCCGCAGCUGUUGCACCACAAGCCACAAACGGAAGUCCCUCAAAUGAUGAGGAAGAGUCCAAAAAACGUAAAUUAAGUACCUCCAGUGAUACAGCUCCUGUUGAAGCUUCCCAGGAAUCUGAAAAAUCCGAGAAGAAAAAGAAGAAGAAACACAAGGCUGACAAAGAAACUCCAGAUGUUUCUUUAAUAGCCGAAGAAGAAGAAGUUCCCGCUGAGGGUGAAAAGAAAGAAAAGAAAAAGAAGAAGAAGAAGGACAAAGAUAGGGAGAAGGCUGAUGAAUAAGAAAGGGACCUUACUUUUGUAACAUAAUUCAUAAGAACUCUGGUUUUAUAAGAGUUGAAAAAAUCGUAUGUUUUUGAUGUCUUUUUUCCGUAUGAGCAAUGCAUUUUACAACUAAUGAUGUUAAGUUUAUUUUUUAUAUAAAACAAAACUUAAAUUUGUUGAUAGUUGCAGUUGGUAUCUUUGUCAGCCAACCCUAUUUUUAGUUAUUAAGACCUCAUUACUUUUUCCGCUUCGGAGGGAAAAUAGAGUUCAAACUAUUAGUUUUAGUUCUUUAUAUUUUUAAAAUACAUGUGAAUUUUGUAUUACAUAAAAUCAAAGCUAAUUUUUCUAUAAAGAAAAAAUAGAAAUUAAAAAAGAAAA